AUGUCGCGCGGCAAAAAGGGAAAGGGCAAGAACAAGGGCUCUGCGAAGAGCACACCACACAAAACACCCUCAAAACGCCAUUCGUCGCAAUCGUGGCCGGCACAGGAGCCAAUGGCGUCCAAAUUCUCCUUGAAAGACGAGGCGCGUUGGAUGUCGAGCCACCGCACCACGGCAUACGAGUCGGGCAGGAAGCUUCGCGACAUGCCCAUACAGUUUGUCAGCGCAGGCCAUUUGGAAGGCACGAUCAAGGAGCGCCUGCCGGUUGUUGAGUCUGCGUCAUCUGGGUCGGAGAACGAGUCGAUUGCGCCUUCCUCGCCUUCGUCCACUCGCUCACCAGACAACACCAGGGCCAUGGCUCAGAUGGCGAUACGCAGUCCCUCGCCUGCUGCCUCGGAGGCUUCUUCCUCUAGUGCCGAUGAGGUCGUGUUCAUGGGCCGUGACCAAACCUCGCUCCCGCAUCGUGCGGCCGCAACUGCAACCCAGACACCAGAUAAUCUCGCCACCAAAGUCACACCCGAAGCGUCUCGAGGGAGCACCACACAUGGAACGCCACAGCUGACAGCCGCCUCGACGGAAGAUCACACAUCAGUCAAUGCAGAGGUGGAGACGACUGCCUCAUUUGAUCUUAGCAUCCCUUCCAAUCCAACCGCAAUACCUGAAAAUUACGAUUCGGACGUCGACAGCAUCGCCGAUCAACAUUUCGCGAAGCGACGGGGUGGCAGACCUGCUUGGGAAGGAACGACUACAGAAUGGGAGCACAGGAGCAAGCCCGGUAUUGGGUGGCAGCCGGCUGGGAGUCUCCUGGAUGCGGACGACGUAAACCCACGAGACGCUGCUAUGGACGACUACAUGCAGAACAUGGAAGACUUUGGUUUGACAGAUGACGCGAUAGCAGCGUCUGGCUUCGCUCCUGGUUUCUCUCGUCGCGAAAUGGACCUUGAUGCUGGUAGUCACAACGACUGGGAAUCAGCUUCAGGAAGUCCGGAUGAAGCAGACGAGUUUGUGGCGGCUGACAGCUGGGACUCGGAUAUGCUCCGCGACUUUGCGGACCUCAGCACCUCCUCGGAUGUCAUAGACACUGUCGUCAGGAUUCACUCGAAACGUACUCGCAAAACUGGCGUCCAGUAUUUGUGUGUAUACGAGGGUUCAGUUGUGGAUGACGCUCGCUGGCUGCCAGUUUCGUUCUUGAAGAGCAAAGCUGAGAAAGAACUCAUCCGUGUCUAUGAAGAAGAAGCGGAUGUUCGCGAACUAGCACAGAACGAUAGCAGCGAUUCAGAAGACGAGGAAGAGGAUGAUGAUGAUGACAUUGACGACGAAACGCUUGCGAGAGUCCUGCAGAAACAAGAAGAACUCGGCCUGGGCUCAGACGAACUGCUGUUAUACGCCCAUGACGAGUUCUUUGGCGGCGGUUUCGAUGAUGCUAAGGGCUCUUCGUUUGCAAGUUUUGGCAGACCGAACAAGAAACGCCAGGCUCGCACUCGUGGCAACCGCGAUCCGACUUUCCCCUCUGCCUCUGCAAUGGCCGAUGCAUUGGAUAUGGAUCCCUAUGGUGGUUUCGACAUCAUGGACACUGAGCGACCAUCCCUGCGAAUCAAGAAGAAGGGACGUCGGGGCCAGAGGCCUCCGGAACUUGAUGAUUCUGAUCUGAAUGAGCAGUUACAGAUGAGUUGGGAGGCCGACCGGAAUAAGAAGCGCCUUAAGAAAGCGGAGCGUGAGGAGCUUCGACAGCAAGGCCUCCUGGGGAGAAAGGGCAAAGGCGCUGAUCUCACGGUCAAGUACAAGGGUGGCCUCGAGAUGGAAGAUGUUGUCGAAGAGAUGCGCGAGUUUAUGCUGGGCAGCAUGCAGACCUUAUCUCUUCCUCCGAUGGACGCAGCUCGCCGCGCCACCAUACAUCAAGCCGCCUCCUUCCUAAAUCUCACCUCUCGCUCUCGUGGUGAUGGACACGACAGAUUCACCAUCUUGUCGAAGACUUCACGCACCCGUGUCUGUACCGAUGAUGACUUUGACCGCGCCAUCCGAUCCAAGGGUCUCCUCCAACGUUUACUACGCAGUGCUCCCCAGAAAGGAGCCCGACCCGCUAAGAGCGCGACUUUCCGGCAAGGAGGACGAGCCCGGCCCCAGACCGGCUACCGCGAUGGUGAGACAGUUGGAGCAAACGCUCCUGAACUUGGUCCUGAGAACAAGGGCCAUGCCUUGAUGAUGAAGAUGGGUUGGUCAAAGGGUAUGGGACUCGGUGCUGUGGACAACAAGGGCAUUCUGCAGCCGAUUCCGCAUACAGUCAAGACCAACAAAGCUGGUCUGCAGUAG